AUGGUUAUGGCAACAGCCGCGAUCGAGCAUUUUGCACCAGCUACUAUCAAUUAUGCUAGUACCUACCACCAACCGAUCCUCAAAACAUCGCACUUUGCCGAUCACCCCGUCAAACAUGGAGUGAUCAACCCCAAGCAGCUGAUUGGCGAUGCUCUCCGCCAGCGUGUCGAGAGCAUCGACCAUGAGAUUUGUGAACCAGGCGACGAAGACACCUUCUUCGUCGGUGAUCUCGGCGAGGUCUACCGCCAGCACAUGCGCUGGAAGCUCAACCUGCCGCGCGUCAAGCCCUUUUAUGCCGUCAAGUGCAACCCCGACCCCAAGGUCCUGCAGCUCCUCGCUGCCCUCGGCACCGGCUUCGACUGCGCCUCCAAGACGGAGAUUGACCAGGUCCUCAGCAUGGGCACCGCCCCCGAGCGCAUCAUCUACGCCCAGCCCUGCAAGACCAACUCGUACGUCCGCCACGUCAAGGCCAUGGGCGUCAAGCAAAUGACCUUUGACAACGCCGACGAGCUGCGCAAGAUCGCCAAGCUCUUCCCCGAGGCCGAGCUGUACCUGCGCAUCAUGACCGACGACGAGUCGAGCCUGUGCCGCCUGAGCAUGAAGUUCGGCGCCGCCAAGGAGGCUACCAACGAGCUCCUCGGCGUCGCAAAGGACCUCGGCCUCAACGUCGUCGGCGUCAGCUUCCACGUCGGGUCCGGCGCCUCCGACCCCAUGGCCUUUUACAAGGCCGUCUACGACGCCUACGAGGUCUUUGAGCAGGGGCGCGCCUACGGCUUCGAGAUGAAGACGCUCGACAUUGGCGGCGGCUUCUGCGGCGACACCUUUGAGGACAUGGCCGCCGUCCUCCGCGGCGCCCUCGACGAGUACUUCCCCGCCAGCAGCAACGUCAACAUCAUUGCCGAGCCGGGCCGCUACUACGUCUCGGCCGCCUUCACCAUCGCCUGCAACAUCAUUGCCCGCCGCACCGUCGACGACCCGUCCCUCGGCGAGAAGCGCUACAUGGUCUACGUCAACGACGGCCUCUACGGCAACUUUUCCAGCAUCAUGUUUGACCACCAGCACCCCGUCGCCAAGGUCCUCCGCACCGGUCCCGUCACAAUGUACGACACCAGCGCCGCCAACGCCUGCCCGGACGGCGAGGGCAUCCGCUACUCCGUCUGGGGCCCCACCUGCGACGGCAUUGACCGCAUCACCGAGACGAUCUCGUUUGAGCACGAGCUCGACGUCGGCGACUGGCUCUACUUUGAGGACAUGGGCGCCUACACCAAAUGCUCCGCCACAAAGUUCAACGGCUUCCCCGACUCGCACGACGUCCUGUACGUCUGCAGCGAGCCCGGCGCCAAGGCCCUGCUCAACAUGUAG